AUGUGCAAUUUCUGUUGCACCAACUGUACGCACUCUGUAUGCUGUUACCUGCUGUUUGGGAGCUUGGGCCUGGGAGGGCUCCUCCUGCUGCUGGUCACCGGCCUGUUCACCUGCCUGUACCGGCUCUGUCAGAGGGGUAAGUCUCUGCGUGCCGGUGCUCGCUCAGGGCCAGCAGGGCCAGCACGCCAGCACGGCUCGCCCUCCACACCCCUCCUAUCUCCCGCUGCUGAGUCCUCACAGAUUCCAGUGAAGAGACUGGAAAGGAAUAAGUUCCCAGAGCAGGAGCUCCACUAUGCGUCUCUGCAGAAGCUCCCAGUGUCCCGCAGUGACCUCACAGACAGAGAGGAAGGCGAAGGCAUGAGAGAGGACCCUAGCACUGACUAUGCCUGCAUCGCCGAGAACAGACCCACUUGAGCACCUCCCCCCAAUGCCUCCCCUAGCCCUGGGUGGGUGGUCAGGCUCGCCCUGUGUUCACCUAAUAAACACUGUGGUCCCCUG